UCUCUGGAAAAGUCGGUCGCAUAGCGUGUCUAGGGCUUCUCUAGUAUGUCUAUAAAUAAGCCCUUAGGGCCUCUCUUUCGUUGUGUUUGCAGAGUUUCUCUGUGGAGAGCUUCUUGUUUCCUUGACAAAUUUCUCUCUCUCUCAAAUUAAACCGGGAAAUUCCAAAAAGAAAGUCGGUAAACGAAAAAGAGCACAAAAGAACCAAAACAAAACUGGAAAAAAAAUAAUUUCGCAAUUAAAAUAAGCUGUAGUCUGAGUGAGAAAUUAGGGUUAGGAUUUUUUUGAUCGAAUCGGAUCGCCAUGGAUUUGCGAUUCCCUUACUCGCCUGCGGAGGUCGCCAAGGUCCGCAUGGUCCAGUUUGGCAUCCUCAGCCCCGACGAAAUUCGGCAAAUGUCGGUGGUGCAGAUUGAGCAUGGUGAAACGACGGAAAGGGGAAAACCUAAAGUGGGCGGUUUAAGUGACCCGCGGCUGGGCACAAUUGAUAGGAAAAUGAAGUGUGAGACGUGUACGGCCAACAUGGCAGAGUGUCCAGGGCAUUUUGGGCACUUGGAGCUUGCCAAGCCUAUGUUUCAUAUUGGGUUUAUGAAAACUGUGCUCAGUAUAAUGAGAUGUGUCUGCUUCAAUUGCUCUAAAAUUCUUGCUGAUGAGGAAGACCAUAAAUUUAAGCAGGCAUUGAAGAUAAAGAAUCCAAAGAACAGGCUGAAAAAGAUCUUAGAUGCAUGCAAGAAUAAAACUAAAUGUGAGGGUGGUGAUGAGAUUGAUGUCCAAGGUCAAGAUACUGAGGAGCCAGUAAAAAAGAGUCGUGGUGGCUGUGGUGCUCAGCAGCCAAAGCUAAGUAUUGAUGGUAUGAAGAUGAUUGCUGAGUAUAAGGCCCAAAGGAAGAGGAACGAUGAUCAGGAACAACUUCCUGAACCUGUAGAAAGAAAACAGACUCUUACUGCUGAACGGGUUCUUAGUGUCUUGAAGAGGAUAAGUGAUGAGGACUGCCAACUAUUAGGCUUGAAUCCUAAGUAUGCUCGUCCGGAUUGGAUGAUUCUUCAAGUACUUCCAAUACCUCCACCUCCUGUGAGACCCUCUGUGAUGAUGGACACUUCCUCUCGGAGUGAGGAUGACUUAACACAUGCGUUGGCUAUGAUUAUUCGGCACAAUGAGAACUUGAGGAGACAGGAGAGAAAUGGGUCACCUGCACAUAUAAUAUCCGAAUUUGCACAGUUGUUGCAGUUUCAUGUAGCAACAUAUUUUGACAAUGAGUUACCUGGACUGCCCAGGGCUACACAGAGAUCUGGGAGGCCUAUUAAAUCUAUUUGUAGUAGGCUUAAGGCGAAAGAGGGCCGGAUUAGGGGUAACUUGAUGGGAAAAAGGGUUGACUUUUCAGCUCGAACAGUAAUUACACCAGAUCCAAAUAUCAACAUUGAUGAACUUGGAGUACCUUGGAGUAUUGCUUUAAACCUCACAUAUCCAGAAACUGUUACUCCAUAUAACAUUGAGAGGUUGAAAGAGCUUGUGGAACAUGGGCCCCAUCCUCCACCAGGAAAGACCGGUGCUAAAUAUAUCAUAAGAGAUGAUGGACAAAGGCUUGAUCUCCGUUACCUGAAGAAAAGUAGUGAUCAUCACCUAGAACUUGGUUAUAAGGUGGAGCGGCAUUUAAAUGAUGGAGAUUUUGUCCUUUUUAAUCGUCAACCUAGUCUCCAUAAAAUGUCAAUCAUGGGCCAUAGAAUCAAGAUUAUGCCAUACUCAACGUUUCGUCUAAAUUUAUCUGUUACUUCUCCGUACAAUGCUGAUUUUGAUGGUGAUGAAAUGAAUAUGCAUGUUCCUCAAUCGUUUGAGACAAGAGCAGAGGUGUUAGAGCUCAUGAUGGUGCCCAAGUGCAUUGUGUCCCCUCAGUCAAAUAGACCUGUUAUGGGGAUUGUCCAGGAUACACUUUUAGGAUGCCGUAAAAUCACCAAGAGGGAUACUUUCAUAGAAAAGGACGUUUUCAUGAAUAUAUUAAUGUGGUGGGAAGACUUUGAUGGAAAGGUUCCGGCCCCUGCAGUUCUAAAGCCACGAGCGCUUUGGACAGGGAAGCAGGUUUUUAAUCUUAUCAUACCAAAGCAGAUAAAUCUGCUGAGAGCUUCUGCCUGGCAUUCAGAAACCGAGACUGGGUUUAUCACCCCUGGGGAUACUCAAGUUCGAAUAGAAAAAGGGGAGUUGCUGUCUGGCACUCUUUGCAAGAAGACACUUGGAACAUCUUCUGGAAGUCUUAUACAUGUCAUUUGGGAAGAGGUUGGUCCUGAUGCGGCCAGGAAAUUUUUGGGACAUACACAAUGGCUUGUUAAUUAUUGGCUGCUGCAGAAUGCCUUUAGUAUUGGUAUUGGAGAUACAAUUGCUGAUGCAGCAACAAUGGAGAAAAUUAAUGAAACUAUUUCUACAGCCAAAGAGGAUGUGAAAAAGCUCAUUAUUAAAGCCCAAAACAAGGAUCUAGAGCCUGAACCAGGUAGAACUAUGAUGGAAUCCUUUGAAAACAAAGUUAACCAGGUGUUGAAUAAAGCUCGUGAUGAUGCAGGAAACAGUGCCCAGAAAAGUUUGUCAGAAAGCAACAACCUUAAGGCGAUGGUCACUGCAGGAUCCAAGGGAAGUUUCAUUAACAUAUCCCAAAUGACAGCUUGUGUCGGUCAGCAGAAUGUUGAGGGAAAGCGAAUCCCAUUUGGGUUCAUAGAUCGUACAUUGCCCCAUUUUACCAAGGAUGAUUUUGGCCCCGAAAGUCGUGGUUUUGUAGAGAAUUCAUACCUGCGGGGGUUGACCCCACAAGAGUUCUUUUUCCAUGCCAUGGGUGGUAGAGAAGGUCUCAUAGAUACUGCUGUAAAGACUUCAGAGACUGGGUACAUACAAAGGCGACUUGUGAAGGCUAUGGAGGAUAUUAUGGUUAAAUAUGAUGGAACUGUUAGGAACUCAUUGGGGGAUGUUAUUCAAUUCCUCUAUGGUGAAGAUGGCAUGGAUUCUGUAUGGAUAGAAUCUCAGAAGCUGGAUUCUUUGAAGAUGAAGAAAUCAGAAUUUGAUAGGGUCUUCAGAUAUAAAAUAGAUGAUGAGAACUGGAAUCCAAUUUCUUUUAUGUUACCAGAACAUAUUGAAGAUUUGAGAACUAUCCAAGAAUUGCGUGAUGUGUUUGACGCUGAAGUUCAAAAGCUUGAAGCUGAUAGAUACCAACUUGGAACAGAGAUUGCAGUCACGGGUGAUAGUAAUUGGCCUUUGCCUGUUAACUUGAAGAGGCUUAUCUGGAAUGCCCAGAAGACUUUUAAAGUUGAUUUUAGAAGGGUGUCAGAUUUGCACCCAGUGGAAAUUGUAGAUUCUGUUGAUAAGCUCCAGGAAAGGUUAAAGGUUGUUCCAGGUACAGAUCCUCUGAGUGUGGAAGCCCAAAAGAAUGCAACCCUCUUCUUUAGUAUUUUGCUUCGCAGUACUUUGGCCAGUAAAAGGGUGUUGCAGGAAUAUAGACUGACAAAAGAAGCAUUUGAGUGGGUUAUUGGUGAAAUAGAGUCACGAUUCUUGCAGUCUUUAGUAGCACCUGGUGAGAUGAUAGGUUGUGUUGCUGCUCAAUCAAUUGGUGAGCCUGCUACUCAAAUGACUCUUAACACCUUCCAUUAUGCUGGUGUCAGUGCAAAGAAUGUUACCCUUGGUGUCCCUAGGUUGAGGGAAAUUAUUAACGUAGCUAAGAAAAUCAAAACACCUUCUCUUUCAGUCUACCUCUCUCCUGAAGCUAGUAAGACAAAGGAGAAGGCCAAGAAUGUACAAUGUGCUUUAGAAUACACUACUCUUCGGAGUGUUACUCAUGCUACUGAAGUAUGGUAUGAUCCAGACCCAAUGAGCACAAUUAUUGAGGAGGAUAUUGACUUUGUUAAGUCCUACUAUGAAAUGCCAGAUGAAGAGGUUGCCCCAGAAAAAAUCUCCCCUUGGCUGCUUCGCAUAGAGUUGAAUCGUGAGAUGAUGGUUGAUAAGAAAUUGAGUAUGGCUGACAUAGCUGAGAAGAUCAACCUUGAAUUUGAUGAUGAUUUGACUUGCAUAUUUAACGAUGACAAUGCAGAGAAGCUGAUCCUACGUAUCCGCAUCAUGAAUGAUGAGGCUCCAAAGGGUGAAUUGACUGAUGAGUCUGCUGAAGAUGAUGUAUUCCUGAAGAAGAUUGAAAGCAACAUGCUGUCAGAAAUGGCCCUUCGUGGUAUCCCUGACAUCAACAAGGUGUUCAUUAAACAUGGUAAAGCAAGCAAGUUUGAUGAGGCUGAUGGAUAUAAGACUGGAGAAGAGUGGGUGCUGGAUACAGAAGGUGUCAAUCUUUUGGCUGUCAUGUGCCAUGAAGAUGUUGAUUCAAGGAGAACAACAAGCAAUCACUUGAUUGAAGUGAUUGAAGUUCUUGGAAUUGAAGCAGUUCGUCGGUCCUUGUUGGAUGAAUUGCGGGUUGUGAUAUCGUUUGAUGGGUCUUACGUGAAUUAUCGGCAUCUUGCUAUUCUUUGUGAUACAAUGACCUAUCGUGGCCACUUGAUGGCCAUCACCCGUCAUGGCAUCAACCGCAACGAUACAGGGCCUAUGAUGAGGUGCUCAUUUGAAGAAACUGUAGAUAUUCUCCUUGAUGCUGCUGUUUAUGCUGAGUCCGAUUAUUUGAGGGGUGUGACAGAGAAUAUAAUAUUGGGUCAGCUUGCACCAAUUGGCACCGGAGACUGUGCGUUGUAUCUCAAUGAUGAGAUGUUGAAGAAUGCCAUUGAACUUCAGCUACCUAGUUACAUGGAAGGUCUGGAAUUUGGCAUGACACCUGCUCGUUCUCCAGUGUCAGGAACUCCUUAUCAUGAAGGCAUGAUGUCUCCAAGUUACUUGCUGAGCCCGAAUCUCCGUCUCUCACCCAUUUCGGAUGCUCAGUUCUCACCUUAUGUUGGUGGGAUGGCAUUCUCUCCUGCGUCAUCCCCUGGUUACAGCCCAUCAUCUCCAGGAUACAGUCCUUCAUCUCCUGGUUAUAGUCCUACCUCUCCUGGUUACAGUCCUACAUCUCCCGGGUAUAGUCCCACCUCUCCUGGGUACAGCCCUACAUCUCCUACUUACAGUCCUAGUUCACCAGGUUACAGUCCGACAAGUCCGGCAUAUUCUCCUACAAGUCCCUCUUAUUCUCCAACCUCGCCUAGCUAUAGCCCUACCUCUCCAAGCUACAGUCCUACAUCUCCAAGUUACAGUCCCACUUCUCCAAGCUAUAGUCCCACAUCUCCCAGCUAUAGUCCAACUUCACCUAGCUACAGCCCCAGUUCACCCGUUUAUAGCCCAACUUCUCCAGCAUAUAGCCCAACUUCACCUGCAUAUAGCCCCACUUCUCCAUCAUACAGCCCAACAUCCCCAUCAUACAGCCCGACGUCUCCUUCCUACAGCCCAACCUCACCCUCCUAUAGCCCCACAUCUCCAUCUUACAGUCCUACUUCACCAGCUUAUAGCCCCACUUCUCCAGGGUACAGUCCAACUUCACCAAGUUAUAGUCCAACAUCACCGAGCUAUAGCCCUACCUCUCCAAGUUACAAUCCACAGUCAGCCAAGUACAGUCCAUCUCUGGCAUACUCACCAAGCAGUCCAAGGUUGUCUCCUUCCAGUCCUUACAGUCCCACAUCACCAAAUUAUAGCCCAACAUCACCAUCAUAUUCACCGACUUCUCCAUCUUAUUCCCCUUCAAGUCCAACAUACAGUCCUAGCAGCCCAUAUAAUACUGGAGUGAAUCCAGACUACAGCCCAAGUUCGCCACAGUACAGUCCAAGUGCUGGGUACUCCCCUAGUGCUCCCGGGUAUUCACCAUCAUCAACUAGUCAGUACACUCCAAGCAACAAGGAUGAUCAUGCGACCAAGGAUGAUAGAAACAGUAAAGAUGACAGGAGUAAACAUUGAGGCAUGCUAAUUUUGCAAAGCUUGAGAGGAAACCAAGUUUGCAGUUCCAGUGAGGGUGGUGGCCGGCUGGGUGUUCCAACAUUCUGCGGGCGGAACGAGGCAAAAUGCUUAGAGUUGGGAUCUCUUUUUUUUACUUUCUUUGUAACAUUUCUUGUAAAAAAUUAAACUGUAUAAAUGGAGUUAUCUCUUGAAA